GGAUGAUGAACUUUAACCAAUAAGAAAAUAAUGAAAUAGGAUAUGAAUUAGGAUAAAUAGAGUGAAUUCCUUUGAAUGAAUUCAUAGAAUAACUAAACUUGAUUUAGUAAACACUUUGUAAUAAAAGGAAAAAGUAUAUAUAUAUAUAACUGUCAAGAUGCGGAUACAUUCAAUAUCAACAUUUGCAUUGAUUAUCAUUUGUGUAUUCAUCACAAAUAGUCUAUUGGUAAAUGGACAAAUGGCUGAAUAUUAUAUGAAUGAUGAAAUGCCACAAGUGAAUACAUAUGAAAAUAUGUAUCCAAGAUAUAUUCAACGUCAUAGAUCACAACAUUAUAAACGAGGUGGAAUGUAUGGUGGAUUAUUAGGGAAAUAAUCAAUCAAUAAUUCAUCAUUUAUCAUUAACUAAUUAUAUUUAUUUAUUUCAUCAUUUCAAAUAAAGAAAAGAAAAUUUGUAACCUUUAAAUAAAUUUUAAAGAAAAA